AUGAAUCGAGGCAACAUAAUCUAUAAUGGCUCCUAUUAUUAUCACCGACACGGAUCAAGUAUACUGGUGAAAUACGAUUUGGAAUCAACUUAUCAGAUUCAAAAAGAUCUGGGUGAUAUCUCGUUUCUGGAUUGCUCCAGGAAGCAGGAUCACACUUUCGAACACUGUAAUGAAACAGAACGCGACAUUUGGUUAUAUAAUCGCCCGCAUAAUUAUGUUGAUUAUGCGACUGACGAGAACGGACUUUGGGCGGUCUAUGUGCGAUCCAGAAUGCAACACAUUACAGUUAGUAAAAUUGAACCCGACAUGUAUGUAGUGCGAACCUGGGAUAUUUAUGAGCUGAAUGCAACCGCUGUCGCAGACACAUUCAUUAUGUGUGGUGUACUGUAUGGCCUGAAAAGUGCAGUCGACCGAGACACUGUCAUAAAUUUCGCCUACGAUUUAUACAGGCAAGUUGAAUGA